GAGGAGUGGAUACUGCUUUUCACUGCUGCAGCAUCGUGUCUACCAGCAGCAUUCAAUAGACAUAGGGUGACAUUGAAAGAAGUCAAACGAUUUCUUUCCGUUUUCUUUCACGUGUGAGGGGGGGAGUAAAUUGACGAGCUAUUCCCUGAACCACGCUGGACAAUGUGUUUGAACCUACAGGCAUUGGGAGCUCAGCCAAGAAUGCAAAUACUUUCGGAGACUGCUGUGGACUGUGGGAUAGCUGGAGUCCUUAGUACCCUGUCCCUCCCUCCAUGAGCGUCCAUUUGAGUCUCUGGCUUCCCGUUACGCUUGUCACGCAGCACUGUGUAGCCUGUAGAUUUUUUUUUUCAAAUGCUUUGGCAUUUCGUCUUCUGUAACGGAGCUCUGAUAGAACAGAUUUGUUUCCUCAUACAGCGAUCAGAUCCAGUAUCUCCCAUAUGGUCCAUGCUGGAGCUCUUUUUGGAUUUGCGACUGCAUUGCCACCCGUGCUGAUCAGAGCCCCACGCUGGGCAAACAGGAAACGAAAAUCAAAAUUUCGCGGGGCUUUUCCUGUUUACCUGGCCACUGCAUCCAAGCUGAGAUUGCUGUCCAGAGCGGUCACAGUGGUGCACUGUGGGUUACCGCCCGGAGGCAAAUACCAUCGAUUUGCGGCCACACUACCCCUAAUCCGAUAUGGAAAACAAUGUAAACCACUGGAACUAGAAAAUGGCAGAGUUCAUUUAACUGAUAUCCGGUUUGGUGCAACAGCAACCUUCUCCUGUAAUGAAGGGUACAGAUUAAUUGGAACGACUUCUGCCCAAUGUGUGACUGUAGGAAAUGAAGUUGAUUGGGAUAAGGAGGUUCCACUUUGCCAAGCAAUACCUUGUCCUCCACCUCCUGGUAUCAUCCGUGGAUCCCAUACUGGUCAGAGUGAACAAGAGUUUUCCUAUGGCUCAGCGGUAACUUACAAAUGUGAGAAGGGAGUCUCUCUUAUUGGAGCGGCCUCCAUUUAUUGUACAACGAAAGAUAAUGUCAAUGGACAGUGGAGUGGGCCUGCCCCUGAAUGCAAAGUGGUCAGGUGUCCAGAGCCUGAAGUCAAAGAUGGAAAAAAGCAAUCUGGGUUUGGACUUGACUAUUCGUAUGGAAAUGUCGUCAUAUUUGAAUGUGAUUCUGGCUACACUCUGACUGGUAGCAGUUCAGUUAAAUGUGAAGCUAACGAAUCAUGGGUUCCAUCUUUGCCCACCUGUGUCGAGAAGAACACUGGUACUAUAAUUGCUAUUGGGAAGAUGCCUAUCAUUCUGGCAGUGCUGAUUACUAACUUAUUCAUCAGACAGUGAAGAUGAAAUUGGAAGAAAAUGGAGGGAAACCUCCUAUGAUUGCAAUAAACUUCUCUUGUGAUCCCAGAUUCCUACAGCUGUAUUCAGCAUUGUGGAUUUUACUGUUGCAAGCGAGAGCCUGUUGAGAUUUCUCUUUGGAGGUUUCUAUCUUGAAGUACUUAUUAUCCCUUUUAAAAUACAGAUUUAAUGAUGCCAAAGAUACUCAUAGAACUGCUGUAGGCUUUUGUUAAUUCACAUUUAUCCUCAGUUUUAUUUUUUAAAUCAAA